UUUAAGAGACUAAGUCAUUAUUUCAAGAAGGUUUUUCAUUAUAACGACCUAGAGGAUCUUUUUUAUGACAUUGGGGGAAACUGGUUUCCAUACUUCAUCUUUAUAAGAAGGCAAGAUAAUUGCUAGAGAAACCAAAAACUUUAAUCUCGACAAAUGUAAAUAUAGAUGUCCUCAAUCAACACAAUCAGAAACUCAAAGAACAUUCUCCAUGUUACAUGGUUAAACUUUGCAUAGUGCAGCAUUUCAAUGUCUAAUACUUUUUCUUCCACUUGGAGCUUAUUAAUCCAGCAGUAAACGCAGCCAGUGGUUCCACCUCUUCAGUAAAUUUAUCAACCUCAGCAAAUGGUCAGUAUAUUAAGUCGAACUAUUAACAACCAACCUACAAACCACAAAAUGUCUGCAAGGCUUCAUUUUGCAUUCGAGCCACGCCUCCUGCAUGAUAACCACAAAUUACCAUAGCAAGGAUUCCCUCACAGUGAAGGAGGAGGACACAGCCUCCAAAAGUCGUAACUAAAACUUUUAAUUGUGAACAUAAGCGGCUUAAAGACAGGCUGCCUCCCUGACCUCACAUAUGCAAGUGUGUUUUGGAAAAUCUGAGAGGUAUUUAAAACAUGCACGUGUCUUUGUUGACUUUGUGGUGUGUCGUCAACUGGAAAACAUGACUUCAAGUGUUUUUGUGUGGCUAGUGUCACAUUUUUAUGUCACUAUACCAGUUUGCUCUUCACAAAGUCUCUGCAGGACUCUCUAACCUGAAAUAGUAAGGUCCAGGAAAUAGCCAUAGCCCUUAGAGGCUUGUACGUUGGACACUGACACUCUUAAGGCAUUUCUCAAUACCAAGGGCCUGUCUCAAUACCCACACUUCCCCUAGAAAUACCCACUUGCACUUGUGUGCAUUCACCUGUAGGCUACUGGUGUCCCAAAACAGAAUUGAGGUAGUGGAAGUGGUUUCCAACACUUAAAAUCUGCCCUAGAUUCCAAGGGAGCCCCGACCCAAACUUUCAACGAAGUGGAAGAUGAAGUCUUCAACUUCAGCAAGUUUUGGAAAACAAUUUGUGACUGUACGAUCAGAAUGCAGGCUACACAAACAACAGAUGGUUGGACUAGCGUAAACUCAUCAGCAACUCGGUUGAACAUAGCAUCAAAAUAUUUAAAGAAAUCGACUUACCCGAACAAAAUCAAUCAGAACUAGAAGACGUUGUAGGCGCCUCCUGCUUUCAGCAUUUCUUCACCGUUGAUUCAUCAGGCGAAGAAGAAUAAGUAUAGCACACGCCACAACACAAGCGCUGGAGCCGGCAUUUUCGCUGCGUCACUAUUACGCGUGACGUAUGCCUACACGUCGGCCAUGCUGACUUGCAUGAAGUGGUGUCCCAUUUCUUAGGGAAAGAACUCUACCCUAAUAUUUCUCACUUCCUUCAUCAAGGGUUAUCUCGCAAACAAGGGCACUCAACACCAAGUGGAAGAUAUAAGCGGUAGAAAUGGGACAGGCCCUAAGUACGCCAAGUUCGGACUUGCGCACUUGGGAGUUCGGACUUGGCAAGUUCGACUCGAGAGUACAAAUUCCCAAGGAACGCUGCCAUUGCCGCUGGUCUGUGAGAAAUGUAUUCUAGGAUACCUGGUUAUCAAAAGUCCACACAAGUAACCUACUGAUGCAUCCCCGAUGGUACGGACUGUACUUGGCUGGAUGCGGACUUUGAAUUGGAACAGUACUUGGGCUGCGACGGAUGACGUUUCACAAGUCCGCAAGCACACAAGUACAGGCAAGACCGCAGAUUGAGAAACGCCUUUAGCCUCCUUUCUGGGACAUUUUUUAGCAUACACUUGGGGUGAGGGCCUUUUUCUGACGCACAGAGGCUUUACAUGCCACAGAACGCGACUCUGAAGCAUCCACAGAGAAACAUUCUUGCAGUAUGCAGCAAAAUGGAAAAAUUAUUCUUUCCCACACAUACAGUAAUUAGUCAGGACUUGAAAAACACCUCCGGAAACCACAACAGUUUACCAACUGUGUGUGUGCCGUUAUUAUGUUUCUAAUUUUAGCUUCUUGUUGCUGCUUUAGCCUCUGACAACAGAGUCAUAAACGCAGGUGGAAAGACGUCACAGGCACCAGCAAAAACAAUUAAUGGCGCAGUUCUUUGUUCCAUGUUCAUCUUAAAAAUUGGACCACUGUCAAAGACACACGUAAAGUAAAUCCAUGAUGACUCACUGCCUUUAAUCUAUAUCACAAGAAGCAUUUCACCUGUGAAUGACGUCGCAUUUACCAACACAUAUCUUUUCUUCAUCUUGAUUAGCACACAUGGGUGUUAGAGGCUUUGCACAGUGUGACGCCACAGCUACAACCUACCUACACAUUUUCCAGGACUUAUAAGUUAAGUCUGAAUUGUUAACAUAAAAGAAAAAAAAAGGCUUACAUCAGCAGACACUCACGCAUCAUGUGAAAUCAUCUUACAGGAAAACAAAACUCAGAACAAGCGUCUGACUCAGCAAUGUGACCAAUUGCUUCUUCUCAUGGCAUUUACUGUGAAUUUCCUGCAAAAAUCAGAGCAUGUUGAUAAAUUGACCCAUGGGGGUCAGGCUCAGGUUGGAGUCGGGGGGGAGGAGCGAGGAGGGGAAUGGACCCAGACUGGGACUAUUUAAAUGGAGGGGGGAAACCUGCAGAGGCAUGUGUCAUCUCUCUGUCAUUCGGUGUUACAGGAGCACAGACACAGUGGAAAAACACAGGUGGGUUUUGUGUCAAGCUGAAUAUAUUUAAAGAAACUGUAUACAAUUUGAAAGGCAUUUGAUGUUUGUUAUGGUGUCUUAAGUGGUUUAAUUUUCCUUUUUCAGGAUGCACAUCUUCCGGGCCCUUGUCUACGUCUCUCUGGUGGUGGCUCCUGGGUGCUCAAGUCUUCCAACAAAGGGAGACUCCAUCAGGAAUACGAUACACAGCAUCAUAAACAUAGCUCAGAUAACCCUGGUCCACAUCAAGAAACUACGGACGAGGUUGCCGGCGGCUCCACAGAUCGAACCCAGCACCCCCUCCAUCGACGGACUAACCAGCAUCACACAAGAUCUCGGACUUUUGGACAAUGAACUGCAGAACCCCGUCACGGAGCUCCUCAGCCAGAUCCAGGCUGAUGUCUCCAGCCUGGAGGGAAGGGUGCGCUCCUUCGCCCUCACCAUGGACUGUCCCCUUCAGGCUAGACCGAGCGGAGCGACCAGCGACAGCGUGUUCCCCGACAGCCAGCUCCAUCUGACUCUGACCAAGGUGCAGCGCUACCUGGAGAAGUUUAUUCUCCACAAGGACAAACUCAAGGUCUGCUGAGAAAUCCAUAUCAUAUUUCAUAUGCUAAGCCUUGAUGCAAAGAUGCAGGCUGCACUAGUAGCUCAGUGUAGCCAACAAUUUCAUAUUUAUCAUAUACCUUUAAAACAUAUUUCAGCAAUAAUGCUCUUCCUCUGGUUUGUGCAUGUAAUGCAGCUAGCUAUUGAGGUGCAUAUUUUUAAUUUUUGUACUGCAAAGCUUUUACAGAGGUUUGAAAAAUAUGCUGUAGAUUUAUUUAUAUGAUCUGAAUUAUAUAUAAAGUGUUUUAAUAUUGAUGCAGUUUGAAAGAUGUUUUGUGUGAUGGUAGAGGUAUUUUAUUAUGUGCAAGAUAUUUUAAGGAACAGUGUGGAAAACUCAUGUGCAAUAAUUAAAGUGCAAUGUUAAUGGUAUUUGAUUUGAAAAUGAAACAUUAAGCUAAGGGUCAGUGGGAUGUAAGACUGAAAUGUCAUUUAUAUUAAACAUAGCAAGAAAGAUUUUAGUCUGACGCACAAAUUUAGACUAUAGGAGGAAGUAAAAAUAGCACAUUUAAAUCACUAUGAAUGUGCAAUGUGAUGGUAUUUGAUUUGAUGAUGUAUGUUUAUUGUAAUAUUUUAAUAAGCAGAGAC